AUGCAUAGACCUCGUAUUAUUAUUAUGAGACAUUCCGAACGAUUAGAUUCGGUUUUAAGAACUAAUAAUUGGCCACAAGAAGCAUUUAUCAAUGGUAUUUAUUCACCACAUCUUACACAAAUGCCAACUUUAUUACCAACACGUACAAAUCCUCAUGAAUAUGCACUUGAUACACCAUUAUCAAGACAUGGUAAAGCUCAUGCUCAUCAUACAGGUGAAUUUUUUCGUUCACUUGGUGUUAAACCUCAUCGAGUAUAUACAUCACCAGCAAUGAGAUGUGUACAAACAGCUGAUGCUGUACUUGAUGGUCUUAGUAGACGUGAACGAGUACCAUUAAGAAUUGAUCUUGCUCUUCAUGAACCAACAAGACGACUUUUACCAUUACAACCAGCAGAAUUUUUUUCAUCAGCUGGUUUUUUUGUUGAUUUAAAUUAUCGUCCAGUAUUAGCACCAUCAAAUAGUAGAAUUAUUGCAAGUGAAUCACGUUCAGCAUAUUAUAAACGAAUGUAUACUGUUUUAAAAAGAAUUACAACAAAACUUAUUAAUCAAAGUAUGAAAGUAUCAGCAUCAUCAUCAUCACCACCAACAGUUCUUAUUGUUACACAUCGACCAUGUGUAACAUUACUUGGAGCUAUGUUAAAUAUUGAUACAGUAGAUGAUAAAAUUGGUUAUCUUAGUGAAAUGGAAAGUAACAAUUAUGGUGAAGUUAAGUUUCUUUCAAUGAUUAUUGCUGAAUAUGAAGCUGAAACUGGUUUAUGGAAAUUUCUAUCGGAUUUUCCUCAACUACCUACAACUUCAUUACUAACAACAACUAGUCUAAGAGUUUAA